CUAUAAAUAGGACCCAUGCCCAGCUGGUUUGCUUCACACCACCACUCUCAUUGGCCCAGCUGGAUGCAACGCACUGCACCGCAGCGCGCGCUCACCAUGGAUCUACUCCUGCCACUCGUCUCGCUUCUUCUGAUUACUGGAGGAGGCGGUCAUCAUGUGAGCUUCGUCGAUGCGGCCACGGCGAACUCGGCGACGCCAAGGGCGUACUGGGAGGCAGUGCUUCCCGGAACUCCGAUGCCCCCAGCCGUCAGCGACCUGUUAGCCCAACGAGAAGAUGUGAAUUCAGUGCGUGCCCUUCUAGACGAUGUUAACCUCAAGCUUAUCAAAGGAUUGAGAAAGAUCGGACCAUAUUAUAAGAAAAUCAAGUCAGAAGCUGAUCGAGGGGCAGGACACAGUCAUAUUGCAUCAGAAGCUGGAUAUGACUUAAAGGAGGUCUCUGUGUCGUAUGGAUCAAAAGGUGGAGAUAAUUUAAAGGAAGUAUCUGUGUCAUAUGGAUCAAAAGAUAGAGAGAGUAUCAAAGAAGUCAGGAUGUCUUAUGGGGUAGAUGACAAAGAUGUUCCAAAGAGAGGCUUCAUGGCACGGGAAGGAAAUAUAAAGGAUGUCUCGGUGUCAUAUGGAUCAAAAGGUGGAGAGAAUUUGAAAGAAGUUUCAGUGUCUUAUGGGAUAGAGGGCAAAGAUGUUUCCAAGAGAGGCUCCAUAGCACAAGAAGGAAAUCUAAAGGAAGUCUCGGUGUCAUAUGGGUCAGAUGAAGGCAAGGAUAAACAUAUUGAAGUCUUGAACCAGGGUGAAGAGGAUCCACAUAGAGUUACAAUGUUGUAUGGGGCGGAACAAGAAGAUGAUCCCAAUAAAGCUACAAUGACAUAUGGGUCAGAACAAGAAGAGGAUCCACAUAAAGUUACAAUGUCACACGAGGCAAACCAUGAAGAUGAUCCCAAUAAAGCUACAAUGACAUAUGGGUUAGAACAAGAAGAUGAUCCACAUAAAGUUACAAUGUCAUACGGGGCAAACCAUGAAGAUGAUCCCAAUAAAGCUACAAUGACAUAUGGGUCAGAACAAGAAGAUGAUCCACAUAAAGUUACAAUGUCAUACCGGGCAAAUCAAGAAGUGGAUCCGAAUAAAGUUACAUCGUCAUAUGGUCCAGGACAUGAAGAGUAUACAAAUAGAAUUACAUUAUCAGAUGUGUCGGAACACGAAGAUGAUCCCAAUAAAGCUACAAUGUCAUAUGGGUCAAAAGACGAAGUGGAUCCAAACAAAGCAACAAUGUCAUAUAAGCUGAAACAUGGAAAUGACCUAAAGACUGUCUCUACGGGGCAUAAGACACACAUAGAAGUAACAGGAGAGGCAAGUCACCAUGUUCCCUCUCAUAGCCACAAGAACAAAAGACACGCUGACGUUUUCUUCUUCCGCGACAUGCUGAGGCCAGGGUCGAUGAUCAUCCCGACCAUCCCGCCGACCACCUCCCUGCCAACGCUUCUUCCCCGCCACAUCGCCGACUCUCUUCCAUUCUCCACCAAGCGCCUCUCGGACAUCAUCGCGAUGUUUGCGCCAACGUCCCUCACGAUGACCAGAGACAUCCGGUGGACGCUGGACACCUGCGAGCACCCACGGACGCUCCCCGGCGAAGAAGCAGGCUGCGCCGCCUCCCUCGAGUCCCUCGCCGCGCUCGCGACGUCCCUCCUCGGAACGUCCAACGUCCGUGCCUUCUCCGCCGCCGAUCUCCCCGUGGAAGCCCCGGGCACGCCGGCAUUGCGGGGGAAGUUCAACGUGACGGCUGCCCGGAGGCUCUCCGAGUCACCGGAGAUCGUGACCUGCCACGACUUGACGUACCCGUAUGCGGUGUACUAUUGCCACACGUCCAACCCCACCGCCGCAUACGCGGUGACGCUGGAGAGCGUGGAGGGGGGCACGGCGCCGGCGUCAAUGGAGGCAUUAGCCGUGUGCCACCUCGACACGACGCAGUGGAGCCCGGAGCACCCGUUCUUUGCGUUGCAUAGCGUCAAACCGGGCGAUGUUGCUGUGUGCCACUUCCUCACCAAGCUAAGCAUCGUCUGGGUGCGGGCGAGUGAGUCCGGAGACGCACAUGUGGCGGGGCGGUAGGCGAGAAAGCACAUGAUGUGUUUGGAUGUGUAAGAUUUGGCACAUAUAGUUCAUGAAAUUGACGGGUCUAAGGGCAUGUAUCGAGGUUAUACGAAAUAAAUGUGUGCUUUGCUGUUUUC